AAGAAGAAAAGCGCGCUUUCCCCCAUUCUGGUCGCUCAAUUUCCUCAACUCCUAUCCCCGUGAAACUCAAAGGUCUUUUGAUUUUCUCCGAGUUGUUUGUCAGGGAGAAACAGGGAAAGAGGGGAAAAUGGACAUCAAGAAUGCGGGGUCUUCACUUGAUUCUUUGGUAUCCUCAUUCAACACUCGGAUAUCGGAGAUUCAACAGCUUGUCGUAGCUCGAAACAUGUACCCGGCAAGCAGCAUUUCAGAUUUGUCAGCUAUUGACUCUGCAUUGAAGGUAUUGGAGCUUCAGCUCCACAAAAUAAAAAUCCGGAUGCGUGAAGAAACUGAAGCCAUCCCCAAAGCCAAGAAGCUAAUAGAAGCGUCGCUGCGGCAGCAAAAGAAAUUGCAAAAUUUAUCUUCUGUUGUUCCAUCAUAUGUUCCUGAUAGAGUGACUAAAACAACUGAAGAUGAUACUAAAUGUUUACAUCUAGAGCCCAGUGUUGAGGAGAGUUUUGUUUCUCUGAAACUUGAGGAGCCUGCACCCAAGGAGAAAAAAGGUCGCGCCUCCCCGCCACUUUUCUACCUUAACUCUGAUGAACUGAAUUCUGUACCACCGUAUAUGAAACAGCGGAUCACUUUGGAAAAGGUCAAUGCAGCAAUAAAUGACAUGGCUACUUAUGCUGAAGCAACUUCCCAGCUUCUCACAGCCCCUCGUAAAAAGCUCAAAGAAAAUCUUGUGGAGAGAGCAAUGGAAUUAAGAGAUAUUGCAGCAACAGAAGCAGUUAAAGGAAAGCAUUUCUUUCUUGAAACUGACAUCAAAGGGCCUUCACUGAAGCUUGACAAUACAGGAAAAGCAAUACUAACUGUCCUCCGACACCUUGGUCGUAUAAGUGAAACUCGAAUUGGUCAUCACCGUGUGAUCCUUCUAUUGAGGCCUCACUGAAUAACUUCAUGUGAGGACUUCAUUUAGUAAAUUACCAUUGACUGGCAACAUUCAAGCUCUCCUAAAGUGCAGACACCUAUCAGAGGAACCUGUUGCUGUUUGCUUCUUUCUUUGAGGACUCUUUUGUAAUAGCUUGAUGAGCGGAACCAAGAUAUUAUACAGUAUAAAAUUGUAUGAGAUUAUCGAAUUAUUGAUGCAGAGUUCAUAUUAAGGGAUCAAAUGUUAAGUGGCAGUGUUUAUUAUUGAUUUGACGGGUAGUUUGAUUUGAAGACAAGUUAUGCAGGGAUUACUUAUGUAUGGAUUAGUCAUGCGGAGAUUAGUUAUGUAGAAAUCAGUUAUGAAUAGAUUUUACAAUA